UGGUUGCGUCCUAAAGCUGCGUCUGUUCGUCCAAUCAGCUACAGGAAAAUACGGUAGUUCAGCUUUUUGACUCUCCAGUGUGGUCGCGAGGGGCUCUCCGGGGACUAUGAAGAUGGCCCAACAUCUCUUCAAAUCAUUGUUGUCUAUUCCAGUCAAGCGUCUCACGCCAGUGCUUCAUCCCAGACCCUCAUUGCUUCUGUACAGAGUUUCAGUUCUGCCAUGCAGGGGACCCUGGUGUACUUCCUUUGCUUCUCCUGCUAUGCCUUCACAGACUAGGACAUUUUCUACUACUCAGGUCUGUUGGCAUACUUUUAAUGUCCAGGAUGAGGAUGACUUCCAAGACAGAGUUUUGAAAAGUCAAAAACCAGUGGUGAUAGAUUUCCAUGCCCAAUGGUGUGGUCCCUGCAAAAUCCUGGGUCCCAGACUAGAAAAAGUGGUGUCCAAACAUGAGGGGAAGAUUCUGAUGGCGAAAGUGGACAUUGAUGAUCAUACUGACCUUGCCCUUGAAUAUGAGGUGUCAGCUGUACCCACUGUCUUAGCCAUGAAGAAUGGUGAUGUGGUGGAUAAGUUUGUGGGAAUCAAAGAUGAAGAUCAAUUAGAAGCUUUUCUCAAAAAACUCGUUGGACCCUGAACAGCAAGGACAGUUGUGUUCCCUGAGCCAAGGCUUUUUCCAUUUGUCCUUUUUUUUAAAAAAAAAAAAUGUUUCCUUAGAGGGGAAUGGAAGAAAUUGCAUAGUUGGACUAGCAUCUGUUUUUUUUAAAGAGAGUGGAUGAUGCCUACUUCCUCCUUCUUCUGGGGGAGUGGUCCUAGUUCCUACAGCAGUGGAAAGGCUGAUUGCUCUGUGAUAGAGAAAGACUGGAGGUUGAUGCCUGCUAGCAGAUGCCCGAUGACAAGAAAGUUUUCCUAAUAUAGCGGCCUCUUCUUAAUGUACUUUCUCAUACAUAUUGGAGACACUUCCCGUUCCUGUCCAAUGUAAAACCAAUGUGGUUAAUUAUUGCUGCUUAUGGCAGCAGUUGUUCUGCUUCAUUUUCUGCAGCUUUCCUCCUUUGUUUAAUGGUAGAUUAAAAUCAUUUGAGUUUUUGACGGUAGCCUUAGUGCCUCUCCUGCUGUCAUCAAUUAAAUUGAGAAAAACAUUGAUUGAUUGGAGCCUUUUUAUUAGUAGAUCUAUAAUAAAAAAUAGCUGUAAUUAUUCCAUUUUCUUUUGGUAUAGAAUUCCCCUUCUGCAGAAAAAUUAAAGUUGUUCAAUAUAGCUUGAAUGGUAUGGAGUUGAAUAGAGAAUAUGAAUAAGGAAGAGUUUUGUAUUGAUUAAAAAAAAAAAACUUCACUAGUCCACAGACACAAAGCCUCUUGUGAGAAAAGACUGUCCCUUCUUUUUUACCUAAGCAUUUUAUCUCCAAACAUAUUGGGUGAAAUCAAUGCAGUAAAAGUGCUUUUUUAAAAGAACUAAUGAAAGAAAAUACUUUUUCAUGCCACUUUCCAUUUAUUUUUGAAUUUAUUCUCUAGAAAUGAUAAAUCAAGUCAAAUGUUUUAAUUUCAGGCCAGAUGUCCAAUUUGUUUAGAUUUUGCUAUGGAUGUUUUACAUUUUGAUAAAUCUGUGGGGGGAAAAACUGCUAGAUUGUAACAUUAAAGGAAUUAGUUAAGCUUCCUUUAUUGAUUAUAAGGAAGCUGAGCAGAAAAAAAUCAUUUUUUCUUCUUUAACAAAUAAAGUAACUGGUAGAAAGUU